AUGCCUCUUUAUGACAAGGAAGAUACCCUGUCGGACAACACUCCCAGUGAUUCCAGCACCCUUUAUCGAGUUUCAAGGCGCGAAAAGUUUCAGCAUGAAUCCAAGAAGUUGAAGGGCAAAUUGACACACCAUAUCGACGAGAGCAUUUUACGGAUGAGACGACAGCGUAUCUAA